AUGGAUGAUUUUACAAAUUAUCCAUUUCCAACUUAUCUACCAAAUAAAUUAAUUGCAUAUAUAUUUUCAUCAUUUGUUUUUCUUUCAUUUAUUCUUUGGUGUAUAAAAUCUAUUCAAAAUCAUUUUCAACCAAUACGUUUAAUUAUUCUGUUAUUUUUAUCGCAUUUAACAAUCUUUUGUGAACUUAUUAUUCGUGCAACAAUCUAUUUUACACAAACAAAUUCACAAACAAUUUAUAUUCUUAUAACUAUUCUUUAUACUAUAGGACAACGUUCAAUAAUUAUUGCAAAUUAUACUUAUCUCGUACAAUUUUCAAAUAAAAAAUUUCGAUUUCUUUUUCUUGGAAUAAGUUUAAGUAUUCUUCUAUCGGAUAUUCUUAUGACACCAGCAGAUUGGUUUUAUUGUUUUCAGAUAUUACCAAUUGUACUUAUGUUAUUUGCUUGGUCAAUAUUACAUCCAAAACAAAGUCUAUAUGUUCGAAAUCAAUUAAAUAUUGAAAAAGUACCUGAUGAAAAAAUUGUUUCAUUUAUAUUUUAA